CAGAAGACAAGCAAGAGCCUUAAAAUACAUGAGUAGAGGCCUCGGCUCAAGCACGGCCACACUGAGCAGCGGCGGGAUUCCAGAUUGUAUGAAAAGUUAACUCUGUUCCCGUGUUCCUGGGGGUGGGGGCCGGCCGGCGGGAGCUCGGGCUCCAGCAGCCAUGGACGCGUUACUGAGCGCCCAUUGCCAGAUGCGUGUGGAGCGUUACCGGAGCGGAGCGGAGCGUUACUACAGUAACAUGUUGAUGUGAGGCCGACAUGAGCCGCCGCGGAGCCACGACCCAGUAAAGGCAGCAGGAACCGCGGGCCGGGGCCGGGGCCAGGGCCGGGGCCGGGGAUGGAAGAGAGGGGACCCGGGGAACCCGGGGACGACAGCCAGCCCGUGGACCUCCGGCGCUCCCAGCAGCACCCUGAGGUGCUCUCAUUAAUAAUAAGCGGACAGGACGAGGAAGCGACCCGACGGGAGAGCGACUUGGGAGUUUCUUCAAAAGAAGACAGUGUUACCAACGGCCUUGGUGGGGAAGAAUCUGAGACCAGAAUGGUCCCCUCUGAUGGAUCACCACCAGGCACAAGUUACUGGAAUAUCUCCGAGGGACAGGACUCCCUCCUGCUCUCCCCAGCACCCGGGCCCUCUGGACGCAAACCCCGGGUACAGAGGGCGUCCCGUCCAGGCCUGAGCCGGAUACCUGGCCGGGAUCAUCGGCGCUACUAUCACGAGUACUGGCGCAGCGAGUUCUUGAUGGACUUUGACGCCCAGAGGCACGGCAUGAUCUGCAUGGUGUGUGGCAGCUCUUUGGCCACCUUGAAACUCAGCACCAUCAAGAGGCACAUCAGGCAGAAGCACCCGGACUCUCUGCUGUGGAGCGCUGCCGACAAGGAGGUGAUCCGCUCAGGGUGGGAGAGCCACCUGAGCCUGGCGGGGGGUCAGAUGUCUUACAGCUCUGUCGCCGGGCCCUCCCUCCAGGCAGAAGAGGACUCAAUGACCUUUGGUCAAAACAUUGCCGGAUCUCCGGACCCGGUCAUGUCCCUGGAAGAGCCACAACCACCCCUGGCCUUGUCUCCGGCCUGUGUGGAGGGUGAAACCCUCCAGCCUCGGGAGAAGGAGCAGGAACUUCCUGGACCGUUAGCAAAAACCCUGGAGCGCUACCUGAACGACUCCCUGCACGCCUGGUUCCGCCAGGAGUUCUUGUUGGAGUACGAAGCGGAGGUCGGUCGGCUGCUGUGCAUGGUGUGUGGAGCGGAGUUACCCUCGCUUCAUUUGGACCACAUCAAGAGCCACGUGCUGAACACUCACCCCAACUCCCUGGUGUACAGCUCAGAGGAGAAACACUGCAUCCUGCAGGCCUGGGCCCAGACUCACGAAGAGUCAGAAAACUCAAUCAAAUCAGAGCCCAACGCCAAAGGAAAUGGGGCGGACCUCUUUGCUGAGGAUGCCGAGACCCUUCAGAUCAAUACCGGCAUCUACUCAGAGCGGGACGGCACCUUAACCAAGGACAUUUGUCUGAUCAGCGAGGAUGGAGGUGUUGGUAAUCUGCAGCGGGGAUCCCAACCUCCUCGCCAUCCCAAGAAGAGGCGAUUGCAAGGGGGCGACCCCUGGCGUCUCCGCCUGGACUACCUAGUAGCCUACGGACCUCAGGCCCAGGGCACGUUCUGCAUGGUGUGUUCUCAGGUCCUGCACGAAACCAAGGUCAGCAGCUUCCGCCGCCACAUCCAGGAAUGUCACCCCGAGACCACGUAUCUGAGCCGACAAGAGAAAGAAGCCAUGGCUGCAGCCUGGACCAAAGACUGUUCUAGUGAUGGCACGCAAAUACAAGACGAAAUAAAACCAGGCAAAGCUUUAGUCCACGACACUACGAGAGACACAGACGAGGACACGUCCCCCGACGUCAACGCACUCACCAAAACAGUGAAAACAGAGGAGGGCGAGAGCGACGGGAAGAGCAAAUCCAAGGACGGCAGCGCCACACCCUCCCGUCACGGCCACUACCCCGGGAAGGACCAGAGGAGGAACUACCAAGUGCGCUGGCGCAUGGACUACCUGAUGGACUACGACUGCAGGAGGCACGGCCUCAUCUGCAUGGUGUGUGGAGCCACGCUGGCCACGCUGAAGGUCAGUACAAUCAAGAGACACAUCCUGCAGGUGCACCCGUACUCGCUGUACUACAGCACGGACGAGAAGCAGCAGGCGCUGCUCAGCUACAACACGACGGCCCUGCCCUUCGUCCACUCCGACGACUGCGUCUCCUCCCAGGACCACGGACACGUGGACGGCUCUGACGGGACUCCCCCACCUCCACACUUCAGCACUUAGCAAGGGCUUCUGCUCACAAACGCCUCUUCACUUUCUUUCCUCAAAGAACAUGAACAGGACUGUCUCCGAAAAUUAGAAUAUUGUGAUAAAGUUCUUUAUUUUCUGUAAUGCAAUUA